AGAGUUUCGAUUGGUGGGGAGCUUCAAACUAUACCAAUAGUAGCUAGCCUUUCUUUCUCCAGUGAUGACUGAAGUUCGAGCCACAUCUCAAAAGCUCGAGGGCCAAAAAGUCGAAACGUAUGAUAACACAUCUUCUUUCGAAGAACAAUCAACUUAUAAAUUUCUUUCAUGUCCUUCCUUCGCUAGAUACAUUGUCGCAAACAACAUUUGGAGGGGAGAGUUGAAUUAAAUUUAUAAUUUGCGUGCAAUUUCACUUCAAAAGAAAGGUCUUGAAGGCCAAAAAAUAAUUUCAAGAUGAGUGGAACGGAUUAUUCCUACGAUGAACAGGGACAAUUUUUCCCUAUCUUCGUCGGUACACUCGUUGGAAUCGUAUCUACAGCUUUGACUUGGGACGUUUUAAGACCCAGAUCAGAUCCAGGCGCCACAGCGCCCCGAAUAAAGACGGAUUACAAGCCAGAACAUGCGGAUCUCAUCGAUAGUCAAAGGAGGGCACAGAGAAGAAAACAGAGAAAGAUAAAACGCAUGAUUGCCAUGGUUGUGGGGUGGGCGAUAGUAGCUCUUAUGGCAUACCAAUUUCAAGUUACAGCCAGAACUGUAGCAAAAAUCUGGAAUCCAUAUGAUAUCUUAGAUAUCAAAGAGUCCGCUACUGAAAAGGAAAUCAAAUCACACUACAAAAGACUUUCGUUGAAAUUCCACCCUGAUAAGAUCAGACCUGACCCAGCUAAAAACCAAACAAUCGAAUCAUUGAACGACUACUUCGUAGAGCUUACAAAGGCAUACAAGGCACUUACUGACGAGGAGAUCCGAAACAACUAUAUACAAUUUGGACAUCCUGAUGGUAAACAGAGCUUUAGCAUCGGAAUUGCUUUGCCUACCUGGAUCGUCUCUGAAGGAAACGGAAAAUAUGUCGUACUUGUCUAUGCGCUUCUUUUGGGAGUUUUACUUCCUUACCUUGUCGGAACCUGGUGGUAUGGCACUCAGCGCAUGUCAAAAGAGAAGGUCUUGAUUGAAAGUGCCAACAACUUGUUCCAAGAAUAUCAAGAGAGCAUUACCGAGGGUGGAAUUGUUGGUGCUUUAAGCAGUGGUGUUGAAUACAAGAAAAUUUUGAAAGGCCACAAAGCUGAUUCGGGACUUGGCAAACUGGAAUCAAGGGUUCUUGCAGAAGGAGAUGGAAUCACUGCUGCAGCGGGCUUGUCAGCCAAGGACAAAACAAAGCUAGAGGAUUUAGAUGGCGGUGCCCGACGAAAGGCUCUUGCAUUACUAUGGGCAUACUUGGGCCGAACUGAACUUGAAGACGCUGAACUCAACAAGGCAAAAUACGAAGUUGCUCCUAUCGCUCAUGACCUCAACAAUGCAUUCACAGCUAUCACUCUCGCUUUCACAACUACUGGCCCUAUUCUUGCAUCAUACGCGACUGCUCAGAACAUCGUUCAAGCUUUACCACCGAAUGCCUCGCCCCUUCUUCAAUUACCAUAUAUUACCCCAGCUAUCGCAAAGGCAAUUGAAGGCGACUCCAAAACUCAUUUGACCCUUCAGCAAUAUAUGGCACUACCAAACGCAUACCGAAAGAAGUUGAGUGUUGGAAAUGGGCUUCUCACAGAAGCUCAAUAUAAAACGGCCAUGUCUACUGCAAAGCAACUUCCUCAUUUACAGGUUGAGAAGGCAUUCUUCAAGGUUACAGGCGAAAAGUUUAUCACCCCUAGCUCAUUGGUAUCCUUUGUUGUCAAAGGGCGAUUUAUCCCUCCUGGAAGCGAGAACGUUCCCAAGGUUAACGAACUCGAUUUGGAAGAUAUUGACCCAGACGAGGAUGAUCUUGAUGCCAUCCUUGGUCGCGCGAAGAAGUCUGCCAAGGGCGAAAAGGCCGAAAAUAAGCAGGUCUUCCCACCUCUUGCAUUCGCCCCCUACUUUACACGUGACCAUUCGCCUAAAUGGCAUGUUUUCCUCACCGAUAGCAAGCAAGGCAAGAUUGCGGUACCACCUUUCACAUUCUUUGCCUUCGACAAACCCAUAUUUGAUGAAAGUGGAAAACCUACUUUCAAUAUGCAAACGCUUAAGGCACAGUUCCAGGCUCCCCCACAACCCGGAAGCUACACCUUCGUCAUGCAUCUCAUUUGUGAUUCAUAUGUUGGAUUUGAUACCAAGCUUGAAGCUACACUUGUUGUGGAAGAUGCUAGCAAGGCUAUGGAAAUCGAUGCAGAGGACGAUAUCAGUGAACCGGAUGAAGAUUCCCUAGCAGGACAGAUGCAAGCCAUGAAAACUGGUGUCCCGCCACCCAAAAAGAAGAAGCAGGUAACUCGAGACUCGAGUGAUGAGGAUAGCAACACCGAAGAAGAAGUUGAUGAACAGAGUGAAACGGAUACAGAUACUGAUACUGAUGGGGAAUAAUGAGUCACGCUUCUAAAUCUAUAUCAUGAAUUCAUUCUGAAGCGGAUUUCCGACACUUACUCUUUUACGCUUAUCUGACUGAUUCCCUUGGGUGUUCGGGAUUAUUUCUUUAUUGGGGGAAACUUUAUCUUGUGUACUUGUACAAAAUAGGCGUGAUGAGCAUUUUGGGUUGGCGUUGUAUGUUAUACACAUAGCUUGUUGUGUGCGACUGUAGCUUUGCUUGGAGUAGAGCAGAACAGAAAUGCAAUGAAUUGAAUUGGAAAUCUCGAUUAUGAAAGAUUGAUUACAUUUAACCUUCUUAUGUUCAUUCCAA